UGAAUAAGAUGUGGAGUAGGAAGGAGCCUUAUGUUCGUUUGUGGAUAAUUUCUUUCCAAAAAUAAAUAAACCAAAAACUGAAACCGCAAAUCUUCUGCUGCAGAAAUGACGCAAUUCAAUACUCUCUUCUGUAACGUAAACGUAACAGCAAUCGGUUGUAACAACCCUACCAGUACCACCACCGGUUUCAACAAAAAUCACAUUUUUUUCAGUAAUCUCACCGUCCCCUUUCACUCGCACUGGUUUCCUCAGAUGAAACGGAGGAAGAUAUUCACACCUCUUUCAUCGUCUCCGACGACUCCGGCAGAUCCACCGGUUACUCCUCCGCAACAACCGGCUAAAUCAGCGGAGAAUGUGCCGAGAAAGGGACCGGAUUUGCCAACACUUUUUAGGAGAUUCUAUAAAGUUGCUGCUCCUUAUUGGUUUUCUGAUGAUAAGGUUCAAGCAAGAAUACAAUUGGCUUCUGUGUUUGCCUUAACUUUAGGAACCACCGGAAUCAGUGUCGGUUUCAAUUUUCUAGGUCGCGACUUCUACAAUGCACUUGCAAACAAAGAUCAAGAACAGUUCACCACACAACUGUCGUACUACCUUGCUGCUUUUGCUGGUGGAAUUCCGAUUUUUGUGAUUAGAGAUUAUGCAAGAGAAACUCUUGCGUUGAGGUGGAGAUCUUGGAUGACAAACUACUACAUGGAACGGUAUCUCAAGAACCAGACAUUUUACCAGAUACAGUCUCAAUCAAUUAUUGAUAAUCCAGAUCAACGAAUUGUUGACGAUCUGAGUUCGUUCACUGGAACAUCGCUUUCGUUCUCUUUAACACUCUUCAAUGCAAUGGUAGAUUUGAUAUCUUUCAGCAACAUAUUGUUUGGCAUAUAUCCUCCUCUUUUCGUUGUUCUUUUAGUAUAUUCACUUGGUGGAACUGCCAUUAGCAUUUUUCUUGGGAAGGGGCUGGUUAACUUAAAUUUCAUGCAAGAGAAAAUGGAAGCAGAUUUCCGUUAUGGGCUUGUACGUAUACGAGAAAACGCUGAGUCUAUUGCAUUUUAUGGUGGUGAGGAGAAUGAAAUCAAACUCCUUUUGCAGCGGUUCAGAAAUGCUUUCGAGAAUUUAACUCAAUUGUUGAUAUCUUCAAGAAAUCUGGAGUUUUUCACCAAUGGUUAUCGCUACCUGAUUCAGAUUCUUCCGGCUGCAGUUGUUGCGCCCAUGUAUUUCUCUGGGAAGAUUGAAUUUGGUGUCAUAAAUCAGUCUGUAUCCGCUUUCAAUCAUAUUCUUGGAGAUUUUUCUCUCAUUGUGUAUCAAUUUCAGGCUAUAAGUGCCUUUUCCGCUGUCAUUGAUCGACUCGGAGAAUUCGACGAUAUUUUGGACAACACCAGUUCUAACGGUCCUGUGGAAUCCUCAGAUGAGAUUCAACUGACGUAUGUCAAUGUGAAAGAUUCAACCUUUCAGCCCAAGAAUUCUAUAGAUACACAAAAGUUGAUGGAGAUUGAAAAUUUGACUGUUUUGACCCCCACAACUAAAGCCCUACUUAUCAAAGAUUUGUCACUGACAGUCUGCAGCAAUGAGCAUUUGCUGAUUACUGGACCAAGUGGAAGUGGGAAAACUUCUUUAUUAAGAGCGAUUGCUGGUCUUUGGCGUACGGGUUGGGGAAAGAUCACAUUUUACGCUAAACAUACACCAGAGAUGGCGUCUAAUGAAGUAGCUAUGGUGAAUGAAACUAAUAACGUUGAUAAAAAAUCAAAAUACCGGGAUUUUAAAGGCGUGUUUUUCCUUCCCCAACGGCCGUAUAUGGUUUUAGGAACCCUUCGACAACAGCUGCUUUAUCCCACAUGGCCCGAUGUUUCGGAUUCUACGUCCCAUAACUCUAAAUCAGUCGGUUCGUUUCCUUUUCUUGAAGAUACACUAGGGUCUGAAGUCGGUAGUGCACAACCGUUGCAGCCUAAUACAGAAGAAUUAAUAAAAGCUUUAGAAGAUGUGCAUCUUGGCUACUUGUUGUCACGCUUCAGUGGUCUUGAUACAACCAAUGAAUGGUCCAGUGUUCUUUCUCUUGGCGAGCAGCAACGACUUGCGUUUGCACGCUUGUUGCUUUCUAGACCAGACCUGGUUCUAUUGGAUGAAUCCACCAGUGCUUUAGAUGAAGCAAAUGAGGCUCACUUGUAUGAUAAAAUAAACAUAGCAGGAAUCACAUAUAUAAGUAUUGGGCACCGAACAAGCCUUCGUAAAUUCCAUAAAAAAGCCUUGCGGAUAUCACCUAUGGAUCUGGACUCUAACCAGCUGAACUGGUGCAUAGAACCCUUGUAAGAAGGCUCGAACAUUGAUUCUUGAAUGAUUUUUCAAACUCAAAACCUAUGAUCCUCGAUUGUAAGGUUUCGUGGGUACAGGGUCGAACAAGGACUUGCCAAGCUUAGUUACAUGGUUUUGAAUUAUUUUUAGCAUGUAAUGGGUUGGGUUCUGUUAGAGAACCGUUUGUCUUUCUGCUCAGUGCAUCUGCUAUUAUGUAUUUAUGUUGGCUUUUCUCGGAUGAUAAUGAAUCUCACAAUCAUAACC